UAAAUUUGAAUAGGGAAAGACCUUAUAUAUAUAUUAUACAUGGAGUCAGAAAUGAUGAAUGAGAAUUCAUAUUUUAACAUGGUUUAUUAAUUGAAAGAAGUUUUAAUGAUUCGUGUUAGUGACAUUCUAAAAAAGAUUAUACGAAUUACAUUAUUAAAGGAGAGAAUGACGGCUAGGUUGGGAAUCAAACUGAAACUUAGAUCGAUACAACUACUGAAGAUCAUAUUUGUUAUGAUCUAUUAAGUGAUUUACAGUUAAUUUCAAAGAAAGUUUUUAACAAACACUGGAAUAUGAAGAGAAGAACUUCAAGAGAACUAAAACUAUAAAAUU